GACGCAGCCUGCCUCUGCCUCUCGCUCUGCCUACACUCAGCACAGGUGCCAGACAUCUGGGUAGCUGAUCUCAAAUAUGGCACGGUCAUCGAGGCGUACGCCUCGAUGGGCAAUCUCAUCUAUUUCCAUCCUACUAGUGCUCCUUUUUGUUUCUCCCGCAGUUAUGGUAAAACACCAUGAUUUCAAACGAUGUGAUCAAUCUGGGUUCUGCACUAGGAAUAGAGCUUAUGCAGACUUGAUGACCGAAAAGGGCGAGCCCAACUCUUCACCAUACAAACUAGACGCGAGUUCCCUCAAGUUCAAUGGUGGACAACUGGAAGGCUCGGUAACAAAGAGAAUCGCGGACACCGAGGAAGCCAAGUUGCCCCUGACCAUAUCCUUCCUCGAGCGUGGCAAUGUACGCGUCACUGUUGAUGAGGAAAAGAGACGAAAGGGCGACAUUGAACUCCGACACGGCAGCGUCGCUCGGAAAGAAAGGUACAAUGAGGCUGGAGCAUGGGCGUUGACGGGAGCUGGUCUCCAACCCCAAAAAUCAGCUACCUUGAAAAAGGUUUCUACGGAUGUCAGUGAGGUGACGUGGGGGCCGGACAACACCUUCAAAGCGAUCAUUCGUCACGCUCCUUUUGGAAUCGAGUUUUGGUCUGGCGAUGACAAGCAGGUUGUCCUCAAUGGUCGCGGAUUUCUGAAUAUCGAACAUUGGAGACCGAAGAUAGACAAACUGGUGGAGAAUGAGAACAGUACCCAGGCGGAAGCUGUCAACCCCGCUGAAGACGAAAGCACUUGGUGGGAGGAGAGCUUCGGCGGUAAUACGGAUUCGAAACCGAGAGGACCGGAGAGCGUUGCAAUGGACAUCACCUUCGCUGGCUACGGACAUGUUUACGGCCUUGCAGAACACGCAGGACCGUUGUCACUGAAGGAAACUCGUGGUGGGGAGGGAAACUAUGACCAGCCAUACCGAAUGUUUAACAGCGAUAUUUUCGAGUAUGAGCUUGACAGCCCCAUGACCCUAUAUGGGUCGAUCCCUUUCAUGCAGGCACACAAGAAAGGCUCAACAGUCGGAGUAUUCUGGCUGAACGCGGCUGAAACAUGGGUGGACAUUGUUAAAACACGGCAUGGCGCCAAUCCAUUGACUCUCGGCUUGAGCGGCGGCGAGAUUGACACCCAUACCCAUUGGAUGUCCGAAAGCGGGCUCUUGGAUGUCUUUGUGAUGCUCGGCCCAAAACCGACCGAUGUCGCAAAGUCAUAUGGUGAACUGACCGGCUAUACGCAGCUGCCAGCAACCUUCGCGAUUGCGUAUCAUCAGUGUAGGUGGAACUAUGUCAGUGAUGAGGAUGUGAAGGACGUUGAUCGCAAGUUCGACAAAUUCAACAUCCCAUACGACGUCAUCUGGUUGGAUAUUGAAUAUACGGACGACAAGCAAUACUUUACAUGGGAUCCUCUGACCUUCCCCGAUCCCAUUUCCAUGGAAAAGCAGCUUGAUGAGUCCGAGCGCAAACUCGUUGUCAUUAUUGACCCGCACAUCAAGAACAAGGACGGGUACACUGUUGGUCAAGAGCUUAAAAGCAAGGAUCUGGCCGUCAAGAACAAGGACAACAACAUCUUCGAGGGCUGGUGUUGGCCAGGAAGUUCUCACUGGACUGAUACCUUCAACCCCGCGGCACGAGCCUGGUGGAAAGGUCUUUUCUCUUAUGACAAGUUUAAGGGGACCAUGUCCAAUGUCUGGCUCUGGAACGACAUGAAUGAGCCUUCGGUCUUCAACGGCCCGGAAAUCACCAUGCCUCGCGAUAACAUCCACUAUGGCAACUGGGAACAGCGUGAUGUCCACAACCUCUACGGGAUGACCUUCCACAAUGCUACCUACCAUGCACUAGUUGAGCGGAAGAAGGGCGAGGUGCGUCGGCCUUUUGUUCUGACAAGGUCGUUUUAUGCGGGCUCUCAAAGGACCGCUGCCAUGUGGACCGGCGAUAACCAGGCCGAGUGGAGCCAUUUGGCAGCUUCUCUUCCAAUGCUCUUGAACCAAGGUGUCAGCGGAUUCCCAUUUGGCGGUGCUGAUGUUGGAGGAUUCUUUGGCAAUCCCAGCAAGGAGCUGCAGACACGGUGGUACCAAGCAGGGGCUUUUUAUCCGUUCUUCCGGGGUCAUGCACACAUUGACACUCGCAGACGUGAGCCGUACAUGCUGGGAGAGCCAUACACUACCGUCAUGACCCAGGCUUUGCGGUUGAGAUAUGCGCUGCUUCCUGCUUGGUAUACCGCUUUCCAUGAGGCUUCUACAGACGGCUACCCGAUCAUCCGGCCACAGUACUUUGUGCAUCCGGAAGAUGAGAAGGGUUACGCGAUUGAUGACCAAUUUUACCUUGGCUCAACAGGCAUAUUGGUUAAACCAGUCACGACCGAGGGGGCGGAGAGCGUGGAUGUUUAUUUGUCCGACGCCGAAAACUAUUUUGAUUAUUUCGACUACACCAUCUAUACCGGCGGGUCGAAGACGCACCAGAUCAGCGCACCGUUGGAGAAAAUUCCCAUGUUGAUGAAAGGUGGUCACAUCAUCCCGAGAAAAGAUAGGCCGCGAAAGAGCUCUGGUCUAAUGAAAUGGGACCCGUAUACUCUUGUUGUGGUCCUGGACAAGAAUGGGGCAGCUCAGGGGACAAUCUACGUCGACGAUGGCGAGACGUUUGACUAUCAGGAGGGAGCUUACAUUCACCGCAAUUUCUCUCUCUCUGAAGGUGUAUUGAGAAGCAGCGACAUCGGCACCAAAGGGCCCAAAACGGCGAAUUUCUUGAAGACAAUGAAGGAUGUCAAGAUCGAGAAGAUCAUUGUGGUCAAUGCUCCCGCCGAAUGGUCGGCAUAUGCCGAGGCCACGGUGACCGAAGAAGGAAGUCGAGGUUCUUCGACAGCAGAGUUGACUUUCCAUUCGGCGUCCGGCAACAAGGCUGCUUGGGCGGUGGUUAGGAAUCCCGGAGUCGGCAUCGGAUCGUCGUGGAACAUCGUCUUCCCCGGGCCAUCCAGUCCAAAGUCCGAUCUAUAGACUGAGUGUAAAAUACAAUAAAACAUGAUUUGACAGCGAAAGGACGCCAUAAUUCAAAUCCCAUAGCCAGUCUACAC